GUCUAUCUGUCUGUCAGGUUGAUGUUGACUCUCCUCUAUUUAUUCCUUUCCAAUUUCCCCUUCCAUUUCCACAAACAACUUCCUUCAAGGGAAAUGGCUCUUCUUGGAUUUCUUCUGGGACUUUUCUACAUGGUGUCACAUGUCAAGGGCUACGGGGGUUGGACCAAUGCACACGCCACUUUCUAUGGAGGAGGUGACGCUUCUGGGACAAUGGGAGGGGCCUGUGGUUAUGGAAAUCUGUAUAGCCAGGGUUAUGGAACCGAUACAACAGCACUGAGCACUGCACUGUUCAACAAUGGUCUGAGCUGUGGUGCAUGCUUUGAAAUCAAAUGUGUGAAUGACCCACAAUGGUGUCUUCCUGGAUCCAUCGUUGUCACUGCCACAAAUUUCUGUCCACCCGGUGGUUGGUGUGACCCUCCCCAACACCACUUUGAUCUGUCUCAACCUGUUUUCCAGCACAUUGCUCAAUAUAGGGCCGGAAUUGUUCCUGUAGUAUACAGAAGGGUGAGAUGCAGGAGAAAGGGUGGAAUCAGGUUUACCAUCAAUGGCCACUCUUACUUCAAUUUAGUCCUUGUGACCAAUGUUGGAGGUGCCGGUGAUGUGCAUUCUGUGUCCAUCAAAGGGUCAAGAACCAGAUGGCAAGCCAUGUCUAGGAACUGGGGGCAAAACUGGCAAAGCAACUCCUACUUGAAUGGCCAAAGCCUUUCCUUUGUAGUUACCACUGGCAACGGACACAGUGUGGUGUCAUACAAUGUUGCUCCAGCUGGUUGGUCCUUUGGGCAGACCUACACUGGAAGGCAGUUCAACUACUAACCAACCCUUAAAUGAGUACCUUUUGAAUAAUGUUCAGUAAGAAUAUUACAGGUCAAAGAACCUAGUUACACCGGAGUAUAGUAGAGGGAUAUUAGUGUUGUGGGCUAAAUAUCAAGAUCAUUUAGUCCCAUCUUUAUAUAUAUAUAUAUGAUUUGAUUUACAUGUAUAGCAAGCAUUUGCAGAGAUGUGCUGGCUUAAUUUAUGCUAUGCCUCAGCAAAUGGAAUCCUUGCUGUGUUGAGAAAGAAAAAUUGUAAGAAAGAUUCUUGAAUGUGUCCUUGUACUUUAGUUGCUGCUGAAUGAAUGAGAAU